ACUAAUGGCGGAAAUUGCAGAGCUCCAAAAAUAAAGAGGAAUUAUUAUCCAAGGGACAACCAACUGAUGGCGGAAAUUGUGGAUUAAACGAUCUGUCAAAUCUCUCAACUGAGAUUUUGUCAGCACCAUGGAUGAUCUUGCAGAGAUCAAGCUGGAUAUUGACAGAAAACUAGAAAGGGAAGAGAACAAUCUCUUUAUGCUGAGAGAAUCUCUCAAAAAGAGUUCCACUAAUACACAGAACAUGCUUGGAAUUUUGACCAGUUUUGAAAGUCGCCUGCAGAGGCUGGAAGAUACAAUUGUUCCUGUGUAUAAAGAAACAGAAAACCUUAGAAGAAGACAAGAAAAUAUUGACAAGACUCUACAGACGAUGGAUGUGGUGCUGGGAUACUACCAUGUUGCGAAGGAUGUGGAAGAGGUCAUCAAAGAAGGACCUGCAUCCUGUGAUCUGGAUAUUUACAUUUCAUACAUGGACAAACUACUGAAGGCCAUAAGAUAUUUCACAUCUACCAACCCGGCCGGGAAUGAAAUAGAGGAAUUGAACCAUAUCUUUGAUGAUGGAAAAUGUGCACUUCAGCUUGAGUUUCGUUCUCUUCUCAAUCGUCAUGGACGACCAGUGCCUCCUAUAGUCAUCAUGGAUCAGUUACAGAUGGAUGACGAAAUACCCCCUGCUGGUUUGGAAACCGAUUCAUUUAUAAUGGAGCACUUCUCAGAAAAAGUGGUCUCCCAGUUGCGCUACAUAUCUCGGUGGCUGGUUGCUAACGGCACUUCAGCUGAAUUUUGUAAAUCCUACCACACAUCAAGGAUGGCAAUACUGACUCGAUCUCUUCAAGGGUUGAAAGAACACCUGAAAACAUCGAGUGCAAGUAGUGGCAGUAAAAACUUCCAGGGAUCCGCGUCGCCAGCUCUGGGUAUUAACAUGCGACCAACGAAAGAAAAUCCUGUCCGAAAGAGCAUGAAAAAAAUUGGAUAUAAAUCAUUGAAGAAAAGUGCAUCUUCACUAAUGAAGUUGCCCUUUGAACCAGGUCAUAAACGUCGAGGAUCGUUUACAGAGAUCAUAACGGAAGAACUAAUUGACGUGGAAACAGAUCUGUACAUCACCAUGCUCACAGCAUUGCUUAGACUAAUGCAGAGUGAGUCCCAUCUGAUGAGUGGAAUCAUUCCAGAGAAACAUCAAAGGAUGGUAUUUGAUAACAUAGUACAACAGUCACUCGAAACGGUCGUCAGUGAAGGAGAGCUCCUGGCCAUGUCAGCUCGUAAAAACAUUGGUCGCCAUGAAUUUGGAGCUGUUUUGUCUAUAUUUCCCAUUGUCAAGCACCUUCGACAGAUCAAACCUGAAUUUGAUUUGAUUUUAGAGGGUUGCCAGGCACCAACAAGAGCGAAAUUGGCAUCCCUUCUUUCCACCCUAGACAGCACAGGAGCAAAGGCACUUGAAGAAUUUAUAGAUAGUGUUCGACAAGAUCCUGAUAAAGCAUCAAAUAUGCCAAGAGAUGGAACUGUGCAUGAGCUCACAAACCAUACUAUUAUAUUCCUACAGCAGCUCCAAGAUUUUGCAGAGACUGCAGGAGCCAUGUUGCUCAUGCAUGGUGAGCAAGCUGCCCCAUCACAAGAUAUCACUUUUGAGAAGUGCAGAAUGAAAGUUGCCGACUAUAUGACACGUGUAUUGUCUGCGCUGGGUUUGAACCUGGCAAACAAGGCUGAGACGUACAGUGAUCCCGCUCUCAAGCCGAUAUUCAUACUCAACAACUGCAACUACAUCCUCAAGUCACUUAAGAACUCAGGAUUGAUCCAUGUGUUAAGAGAAUGGAAUCCUAAAGUUGAAGAAUACUAUGAGAUACAGAUAGUUGAACAAAAACGAAUCUACUCAGAGAGUUGGAAUAAAGUCCUUCACUUCAUAAUGGAAGUAGACAAGCCGAUAUCAUUACAGAGAACACAGGGCGAUGUGAUAAAGAGAAAGGAUGGACAACAUUUAGGAGCUGAGAUUGAGGCAGUCAAUAAACUCAGUGCAAGUUCUUCGCACGAACUAGUUGCUAAAUCUGUAAUAUCGAAAUGGAAGAAUUUUGUUCAGGAAAAACAUGCACAAGAUACAUGUAUACCUGUUAUACGGGUAGUUGAUGAGGAUGAUAUAGAGGCAGGAAGUUCAGGAAAGGAUGUAGUUGCUAGAUCUGUAAUAUCGAAAUGGAAGGGUCUUGUUGAGAAACGCGAACACAUUAUACAGCUAAAAGAAAAGGAAAAGCAGAAUAUCAAAGAUAAAUUCACGGGUUUUAACAAAGAGCUGGAAGAAAUCUAUCGCAUCCAGAAGGGUUACGCCAUUCCUGAUCCAGAACUAAGGCACUCCUUGAUAGAGGACAACAAAAAAUACAUUAUCCUUAGAUACCAGAUAUUUCUCAACAAAUUCAAGCACUUGAACUUCACAAAAAACCCACAGAAGUAUAUCAAAUACACAGAGGAACAAGUUGGAGAACUUCUUCAGAAAUUCUUUGAUGUGUCUGCUUAAAUCUGACAUAUAACAUUUGACUUUGACAAUUACUGACAUUUGAACAAACAUUAAUUUGGAGGCUUUUUGUUUACCAGUCGCUAAUUUUACUGGUUUAUUUGGGGUUUUUUUUAACUAUGAAGUAUAUCAAAUACAUAGAGGAACCAAUUGGAGAACUUUUUCAGAAAUUCUUUAAUGCUUCUGCUUAAAUCUGUAAUAUAACAUUCGACUUUUACAAUGCCUGACAUUUGAACAAACGUUAAUUUGGAGGCUUUUUGUUUACCAGUAGCUAAUUUUACUGGUUUAUUUGUUUUUAUAAAAGCAUAUAUUGUGAGAAAGUGGAAUCGUGAACGGAUGUUAUAUAAAUUGUUUUGUUGUAUCCAAAGUGUAACAGAAGUUGUUUAUUUGUUUUUCAAAAGUAUAUCUUUGGAGAAAGGAAAAGUAAAGAGAUGCAAAAUAA